UCCGAUCCACAGAGGCACGCACCCCAUCCAAUCCAUGCGUAUAGCGUCCAUGCAUCCAUCAUGCGUGGGUUGGAUAGCUACAGGGGGACCCUUUUCUCCACCACCACAGCCGGCUCCAGCCCGCGGGGACGCCACUGAAGUGAUACACACACACACACACACACAGCCAGGCAGCCAGGGGAUGAGCACAGCAAACACCCUUACUGGCAACGUACUACGCACCUGUGACGGCCGGGCCUCGAGGAUCGCCUCUGUGCACCUGCAGCAGAGGCAGGCCAGGAGACAGGCAAUCAAGAAGAUACACAUGCACACAUACACACACAAGGUCUUGUCUUGCUCAUCGAUCGACUCACCCUUUCACAAGUUCAGCCAUCUGUGUGAGCUGCAGGCAUGCAUCCACGCGCUGUGUGGUGACACGCAGGGCCUCCUCAACCACACUGUCCCCUGACAGGGCUAUGUCCUACACACACAGGGAGAGAGGGAGGGAGCAUGAAGACGCCUACAGUGAGUGGAAAGGAUGGAUGCUGUGGUUAAUGAAUGACCCGCCCACCGUGGCUUUGGCCUCGAAGAGCACAUUGGCCAGCUCCAGCACCUGUUUCCGCACACACAUACAGACUGAUGCCGUGUGUGUGUGUGUGUGUGUGUCAUAACGUGCCUGUGAGAGCGGCGGUGCGUCUUCGAUGGGGCCAGCGGUGGCAUCGGUGUGGAUCAACAGCCUGAGCCACACCAUACACACACGUCGGGUUGUUGGUCUCUCCCACGCCCUGCCCGCCCACAUGCAUACAGACAUCUAAGCAUGCGUACCAUCGGUCGAUUUGUGUGACCCACUGCAGGAAGACCUCCAAGGGCAGGUGCUCACGCAACGCACACACCAUCUGAGGCCGAGAACUACACACACAGGCAGAUAGAGAGGGUGUCACAUUCGCACACACGGCCGGCCACACUGGUGGGCAUCAGAUCAGUCCCUCUAUCUCUCCCAGUGAGUGACACGUACGUGGCCUGUCCGACAAAAUGAGUCUUGAGGAAGCCUGCCGUCAAGUCGCCGUGCCACACUGCCAGACGCACGACAUCAUCGUCCUGACACCAAGACACACAAAAACAGACGCAUAGCAUCUCGUUGUGUGUUCGUGUCCCCUCCCUCGCUCUUGGUUGUGCCCCUGUCUGUCACACCAACCGAUAGGUUCUGUGUGGCCACAAGCCGCUCAGCAGCACUGUGCAGGCCGUUCUGCGUGACGAUGUGGACGAGAGGCGACAGGCAGGAGGACGCAAACUGACCGCCGCUCACCAGACCCACGAUGCAGUCACCUGCAGUGCACACGGGGGGAGGGGACCGACACAAUGAAAAAGGGGAAUGUGAUGCGAUGUGGCUGUCUAUGUGAAUAUUUGCCAACGUACAGAUCUUCUGCCGUUUCCUCUCUUCCUUGGUCUCGUCGCCGUCAGCCGUCCUCGCGAGUGCGGCGAUCUUGCCGUCAGAACGAGACAGGGCACUCGUGAUUGCCUGACAGACAACCAACGCGCACCAAAUACAAUUCAUGUGCCACUCGCUACGCUCGCUACUGUGGCUUUCGUACCUUGAUGGCGAAGUUGGGCUGCGCUUCGAUGGUUUCCCUGAGGGCACCAGGCAGAUACUCGAGGGCUGCACCGCGGCCUGGAUGACAAACACAUAGACAUGCGGUGGGUGUUGUUGUGUGUCGAGAUGUGCUGUCUUUCGGGGUCUCGUGUGUGUGGGUGGGAUGGGCUGCGUACCAAUGCAGGCGGCCGCUGUGACUGGGGUGAGAUCAAGGGUCACCACAGACAUCUGCCGGCAAACACCGACGGCAGACCAACCACACAUUCAGGAUGCAUCGCACACGGAGGGAGGGCAGGUCGCUAAGGUACCUCUGGUGAUGCGAAGGAGACCCCCACAGACACCGCCGACGAGUCAGAUCCCCGCCGCAUAUCCACAGAGGGGAAGACAACAGACCGCUGCACACCACACAACCCAACAAAUGACAAGGGCACGGUUUCUCCCUCGGUUGCGUACCCUCACUGCUCCACUGGCUUGCAGCCUUGAUGGCCCGUGGUGUAUGGCCCCCCACUUGGUGUCACGCACAACGUAGGCACUCUCAUACCUCUCGCCGUCGGCCCCAUCCUCAACCUCGGACGCCAUCUGCUCACUGCCAUCCCUAGCAGCACUGGCAGCUGGCCUCCGCAUGGUGAUGAAGAGAAGCUCCUCUGAGAGGGAGGACGCCCCGACCACUUGGAAGGGGGCGGUGAAGUCGGUUUGGCUGCUGCCGUCAUGGAGGUCUUGUUGGUGGCGGAUUGCGGGCAGCUGGUUGACCACUGACAGCUCCAGGGACUGGGGGUGCCGCUCACAUAUCUGCAUGGCAUGAAGCACAUGGGUACAUACAAUGCGCACGGCACGUUUGUGGGGGCGGGGACAGUGUCUGCUGUGAGUGACUACGUGAGUGAGCGAGCUAGUGGGUGUGUACCCUACCUGUGUGGCGCCUCCAUCCCAGGUGAUAGCGAUCCUUUUCAGAGGGGACCAAGAUGGACUCGCAGUGAUGCUCAACACCUGAUGGAUGGAUGGAUGGAUGGAUGAACCAGAAAGACACAUGUCUAUCACAUCAGCAACUGUCUAACCUCAGCUGCAUCGGGUGACUCUGUCGCAGGCAGACUGCCGCUGGGCAGCUCCUCCACCUGAUCGAGUGCCACAGCCGGGUCAUGCUGCUCAUCAGGCGGUGGCAGUGAGAAUCUGCACCCCCAGUAGCCGCAGCCCGCCCCCGCGCUGCUGCUGGCGGCGUAGUGCAUCACAUAGACCGUCACCACCCGCCGGCCGUCCUCCAUGCCCUCAAAAGGCAGCACGCUCACCACAUCGCCUUUCCUAAUGCGGCAGCCGGGCAGGCUGACCGUCGAGAGAACAGCCAGCCGGAUAUGUGACGAUGAAGCUGCUGUGUUGUCGUCAGCAGCCUGUUGUUGGGUCUUCUUUCUCUUGCCGGGCUUCUUCCCCGGCGGCUGAUCUGUUGACGUGGACGCGUCGUCGCGUGUGAGUGACAGAGAGAGGAGCAGCAGCUUGCCGUCCUUGGUGAGGGCCGACAAGAGCAGGCCAGAAGGGGCGAUGCUCGUGACGGGGGUCAACUGUGCGAGUGACCCAGACACCUGCAGCAGCAAAGAGAAAAACCAUCAACCACACCACAUCAGACAGGCUGACGGUUGCUCUUCCCUCUCCUUUGCUGCUGACCUGCAGGGUGGUCACUGCCUCUCUGUCCGGCAUCGCCACACCGACCUCCUUCAGUCCACUCGCGAACACCAGUGCCUCAGGCGGGUCAGACUCAUCGCCUUGCGGCGGCAUGCUGACCCAUAUGAGACCCACCUCAGGCCGGAUCUCCCCCUGUGGACCAAUCGUCGCUGCUGACUCUCCCUCAGCCUCAACACAACACGAAAGCACGACAGUAGAGCAAAGAAUGAGUGUGGCCGAUAGAUCUUUCUGUUCUGUUCUGUGAUGAGAGAGUCACCCCUGUGUAGUGCUUGACGCCCUCGUCGGCAACGUAGGCGACGGCAUGGUGGACAUCACUCGAUGAAUCUGGUGAUGAAAUCGUUUGACAAGGCCAGAUCGCGGCACUCUCUGUCACGUGGAGACUGUCGUCUUCACGCGCACUCAUCGUUACCAGAAUCAGGAGCAGAUCGU